AUGGCGCGGACGGACGGCCAGCUUGCGCUGCUUCACGUGCAGCGCGCCAAUCGCCCGCGCAUUGCGCCAAUCCUCCGCGUUGUCGGUACUGGCGCAGCCCCGCUCCCCGCGGUGGCGCUCGCGGCGCAAGGGCAGCUCGCGAAAGGUCAGGCGGCGCAAGCGCAACUGGCGCAAGGACAGGCGCAACCUGUCGCGGGGCGCGUAGGAGCGCCGACUCUCAAGGUGACCUUUGACUCCUCCCAAAAGCCGUCUUCCCUCAAGAAGCCGCUUUCUUCCAAGUCCAAGCAUGCCCCGCUGCCGCCCAAACACGCCGCCCCUGCCAAACAUGCCGCGCAGUCCAAGCAGUCUGCCGCCCAGAAGCGGGCGGUGGGGGGGAAGCAACCGCUGAGCCCCACUAGACACUCUGCCAGGCUGGCGCUGAUUUCGCCUGCCCGGAAAAAAGGGCGGUGGGGUGGGGAGGAGUGGGAGGGCGGUGAUGGGGAUGAGGGAGAGGAGGGAGAUGGGGGGAGGAAGGAGGGGGGUAGGAAGGGGCCACGGAAGGAGGAGGAAGGUGGAAACAGGGGGGCAGAUGGGGAGCGAGAUGGGGAAGGGAAGGGGGAUUAUGGGCGGAAGGGGAAAGGCGUGUGGAAGUGGAGAGUGGAGAGCGGUGCAGAUGGUAAAGCCAUGGGUCGCACAGAAAAAACAGGAAGCAGAAGUGGAGCGAAGGGGGAGAAGGAGAGGUGGGGGGGGAAGGGGUUGCGGGACAGAGGAGGCUCGGGUGGUAAGGAAGGGGUAGAGGAGAGUGGAGGGGAGAGGCAAGGGGAGAGAAAAGGGGAGAAGGGAGGAGGGACGCGAAGGGAAGUGGGAGGUGUAGGAGGGGAGGGUGGAGGGCGGUUUUCGCGGAAGAGGAGGCGAGGAGAGGCGGAUGAUGAUGUUGCUUCUGGUGGUGCUUCUGGGAGUGAGGAGGCAGAGCAGCAGCGGAGCAAGAGGGCAGCGGGGGAGAGGAGGGGCGCAGAGCAGGGGAGCAGUGGUGUGGGGGAAGAGGGAGGUGUGGGGCGGACGGCGGGUGACAAGGCGGUGGGUGGUGGGACAGUGAGGAAGGAUGGUCCGAGAGGUGCUGCCACCACCCCAACCAAACCCAAGUCCAACCCCACUGCUGCUGCCACCCGCCCCAUGCCUCCUCCAUCCACUCGCUCCGCUGCCGUCCUUUCCCCCCCUCGCCCCUCCCCACGCCCUCCCCCUCGUGCCUUCCCCCGUGCGCCCCCCCAUGGGGCAGCAGCGGAUCGCGCAGCGGCAGCCAUGGCUGCCGCGAGGAGCCUGGGAGGGGGGUUGGGCUGGCCCCUUGUUGACACUCCCGAGGCAGACGCGUGCUCUGAUGCCCCGGCCGCUCCUGGGAGCCUUGAAACCCCUGAGAAUGCCGAGGAUUCAGAGAGCUUCGAGGCUCUUCAGAUGCGUGGGAAGGCUGUAAAGGCAGCAGAGGUGGUGGUGGUGAAAUCUGAAGCAGAGGCGAGGGGGAGGGGUGGGGGCAAGGUGGGUGUGGUGGGGGAGGGGGAGAAGGGUGGCGCGGGGAAGGGGAGUGAGGGGGGGAGGAGAGGGGGGGAGGAAGCGAGAGGGAGAGGGGGGAGGGUGGCAGGGGCGGCAGCGGCUUCAGGUGUGGGAGCCGUGGUGAAGGUCGUAUUAGCAGCUGAGGCGAGGGGUGGGCAUGGGGGGGGUGGGGGGAUGGGGGAGGUGGGUGAUGAUGGUGAUGGUGGCAAGGAAGAUGAUUGGAUCGUGUUGGAGCAAGGGGAGGAGGAGGAUGAGGAGGUGGAGAGGGGGAUGGGAGGGGGGGUUGAGCGGGAGAGGCAAGGAAUGAUUGCAGGGGAGGAGGGAGAGGAGGAGAGUGUAGAUGUGGAGGAGGCUGAUGAUGAUACUGAUGAGGAGGGGGGGGAGGAGGGGGAAGAGGAGGAAGACGAUGAGGAGGAUGAUGAGGGGGCGUUUGACAUGGACGGGGGUGCGGUGGCGGCGCUGGCAGCAGCAGGGAUAGACAUCAGCAUGCACGGCACAAGGAGCCUCUCAGACGCUGACGUGGCAGCGGCUUGCCACCAGUGA